AUGUUCACAGAAAUGCCCUUUACAGAACCAACAAUACUGAAACUGAAUUCAGAAGCAGCAGAGAGGGCGAGCAGACUUUUAUGUGUAAAAAAAAAUACUACUGGAUUGUCCUCAUGGGCCUUAUGGG